GUCGCCCCCUGGUGGACACUAGAGAGAAUGCAGCUUUAACACAUGAAGCUUUGACUUCACUCUUCAGAGGUUGUCUCGUGGGUAAAACGCUGUGUAAAGUGUAGUGACCGAUAUGGUGCAGCAUUCUUUGAUUUCUUAAAAUACACUCUAGAACUCAGUAAUUAUUAAUUAAAGUAUUGAAAUCGUGUGAAAAUGAAGCGUUCAUGACCUCCUGUGGUGGACGUCUUCAGACGUAUUUCAGAAGUGGACGGUGAGCUGAGGCCUCUCCUCAAACCCCACAGUGGUAUAAGUGUUCAUGUGUUAUGUAAUUAUUGAUAUGGAAGUAUUGAUCUGUGUAAGUGGAUACGUGUGUUGGCAGGAUGCAGCAUCCCAGCAGAGUCGUCCUCUCACGUUAGCAGUGAUGUUUGGAGAUAUUAAUGUUUCAUAUGAAUCUGUUUUAUCUGAUAUAUAUAUAUUUAUAUUUGUGUGUCGACACCAAACAAGAAAACAACCAAUGAAGCGCUCCGCCUGCAGCCUCGAGUCGUCCGAACUGAUCGAAUGAUUUAAAACCUGCAACAGUUUUAUCAUCGUUUCAAAUAACACGACGUCAGAAAUGACGGUUCUGAGUGCUGGACUUUCUCCAGGAAUCAUUUGCUCUCUUUCAGUUGUUUUGAUCGUAUCUGCGCUCUGACGAUGUUAUCGAGCUGUUGCAAGACGACAGAAACGUGUAGCAACUCUUUUGCAUCAUGUGGAGUCAUGAAGCAGCGUUGAUGUCUGUUGUGUGUGUGUUGAGCUUCUGCAGCAGUGAAAUGUGAGUUAUACAGGAAUGAAAAAAAACAACAGCACUGUGAUCAGAUGUCUGGUGUAGCUUCCUGUUAGCGGUCGCCCCUGGGACGAGUCACUGAGCUCAACACUUGUGUUGGCGGUGUGUGCAGACACGAGAGGGGAAGUGAAGGCUUCACAUCAGCAGCUUUCCUUCAUUACUCCUCUCAAAGAUGUCGGGAAUCGGGGCCCCGGGCUCCUCGGGGGUCGCGACCGGCCGAGCCGCCUCCAGCUCCUCGGGGAUGUACAAGCUGGAGGUCGAGCUGAAGAGAGGACGCAAUCUGGCCGUCAGAGACAGAAGAGGCAGCAGCGAUCCGUACGUGAAGUUCAAGCUGGCUGGUAAAGAAGUGUUCAGAAGCAAAACCAUCCACAAAAACCUCAACCCGGUGUGGGACGAGAAGACCACUCUGAUCAUGGACUGUCUGAGUGAACCUCUGUAUGUGAAGGUGUUUGACUACGACUUCGGCCUCCAGGACGACUUCAUGGGUUCAGCGUACCUUCACCUGGAGUCUCUGGAGCAGCAGAGGUGAGUCGCCUCCCCUUCACCUCUGUGAACUCAACUCUCCUCAGCUCCAUCACUGCACCUGUGCAUCAGAUUUACCUGCUCUUCAUACUCCAGCCACAACACAAUCAUACAAUAAGCCAUAUUUGGAUAUUAAAAAUAGCAACAUUGGUGUGGUUGUUGUGUGUUUUAAACGCAGUUUGUUUGGUAACGUCUGUUCAGAGCAUGUGGAGAUAUUAAUGUUUAAAAUCAAGAAAACCGUUUUGUAAAUCUGAGGUGAAGGUUUCGAGUAGUUUAUCAUCAGUAGACUGUCAGCUUUAAGUGGUUCUAACAUAUUGAUCCAGAGAAACACUGAACAUAAAAGCCUUCAGAAGAUCUCGUUGAUGUGUCAAAUUAAGAAUGACUACCUGAGAGUCUCUGAGCCUUUAGAGAGAGAGAGAGAGAGAGAGAGAGAGAGAGCG